ACUAGGCAGGCCAACUUGCAGAGUGCAGCUCAGCCUCGGCAGCGGCUGCUUCCCACCGGGGGUCUUCGCAGAGCAUCGCGCUCCCAUGUGCGCCGCUGUGCCCGUUGGAUGUUGAAAUCGCGCCGCGCGCCCCUUCAGGAGCCACCAUGUCCAACCCGACCCACGACCCCUUCUACUCGUCUCCUUUCGGACCCUUCUACAGGAGACACUCGCCCUACAUGGUCCAGCCCGAGUAUCGGAUCUACGAGAUGAACAAGCGGCUGCAGGCGCGCACAGAGGAAAGCGACAGUUUGUGGUGGGAUGCUUUUGCUACAGAGUUUUUUGAGGAGGAUGCCACUCUCACACUCUCCUUCUGCCUGGAAGAUGGACCAAAGAGAUACACGAUCGGUCGGACGUUGAUCCCCCGUUACUUCAGCACGGUGUUUGAGGGAGGGGUCAGCGAGCUCCACUACAUCCUCAAACACUCCAAGGAGUCCUUCCACAACUCCUGCAUCACCCUGGACUGUGAUCAGUGCACCAUGGUCACACAGCACGGGAAGCCAAUGUUUACAAAGGUUUGUACGGAGGGGCGCUUGAUACUAGAGUUCGCCUUUGAUGAUCUGAUGAGGAUCAAGACGUGGCACUUUACCAUCCGGCAGUACAGAGAGCUCAUCCCCCGCAGCAUCCUGGCCAUGCACGCACAAGACCCUCAGGUGCUGGAACAACUGUCCAAAAACAUCACUCGCAUGGGUUUGACCAACUUCACCCUCAACUACCUCAGGUUGUGUGUCAUCCUGGAGCCCAUGCAGGAGCUCAUGUCAAGGCACAAGACCUACAACCUCAGCCCCCGGGACUGUCUCAAGACAUGCUUAUUCCAGAAAUGGCAGAGAAUGGUAGCCCCACCAGCUGGACACCCACAGAACUUCAAAACGGAAAUAUUCCCCACAAAUCACAAAAAAGCUGGUCGCGCCAAAGCUGAGCCUGCCCGACAGACAACCACCAAGAGGAGGAAACGGAAGAACUCAGCCAGCAGCGCCAACAGCAGUGUGGGAACCACCGCCGGCAAGAAACGCAGCCCUGCCACCAACUUCAGCCUCUCCAGUCAGGUACCUGACGUGAUGGUGGUGGGCGAGCCAACCCUGAUGGGUGGCGAGUUCGGGGAUGAGGAUGAGCGUCUGAUCACCCGUCUGGAGAACACGCAGUAUGACGCCACCAACGGCCUAGACGACGAGGACGACUUCAACAGCUCCCCGGCUCUGGGCAACAACGCCCCCUGGAGCAGCAAACCCCCCGCCGCUCAGGACAGCAAGCCUGAGAGCACGGCGCCUCAACCCUCUCAGUAAAACAAAAGAAGAAAAACAAGAGAUCCUGGGCUCCGUGUGGACUGGACUUUUUAACCUCUCCCCUCGUACCCCUGAGGGCCUCAUAACAUUGUACUGAGUCAGAACCCCCUCCACCCCCACCCCACCCGUCUGCAAACUCCUCACCGGCAUGUCCAGCCAAAAAUGUCCUCUCUGGAUUCUUCCUUCUUCUCUGAAUCACUGUAACAUCUUGGAGAACACUGAGGACUGGCACAGCAAUAUCCACAUGACAGAGACAACAAAUGUGUACAAGUCGUAUGCAACUGUAAAGUAAAAAUUAAAAAAGCAAGGCGCCUGCACUUUUUUAAAGAAUGCAGCGGAAAAUUGUAGAUCAAAUUCUCCUCCUCGGACCCUCAGAUACAAACGGCUCGUCUGGUGGAAUACAACAGCUGUGAUUGGUUGACCUGCAGGUCACGAGUCAUCACGCUAACAGCAGACAGUGAGGAGAAAAGAAGAAUAAAAACAACAAAAUAAAAUGUUUUAAAAAAAGCUCUACUGUGAGAAGACGAGGUGUUUUCUAACAGCCACUGGAAGCAUCUCACCACAUCGGAGACAAAUGAAACAUUGUUUGAGGCGAUUGCAUUUUUAUUCCAGAUUCAGUUUGCAGUUGGUUCGUUUCUGCUGUUGCUGUUUAUUUCCAUUUCCAAUUAAGAGGAAAUAAAAGUUCUCUACUGCUAUGGACUGCGUUCAAACGAGGAAAAAAAUCGCGCUCUAGGAUUGUUUUUCCACAUUAACCGCAGUUGUCACAGAUUGUGAUUUCAUGCAAACCAGUUUGAUUGUGUUUGUAGUCAAUUGGUAUUUUGCUUCUUUCAGAACCCCGUUUUGCAAUCACGUUGUAAUUUUGCCGUUCAGUAUGUGAACUUAACAGACACGCAUUGAUGCAUUAAUGUUGAUUUUUUUUUCCUUCUCCCUUCUUGAAAAUUGGACUUCUUUCCCUUUAACGACCUACUCCCAAACUGAUACUAAAGCCUUUUCCUGCAUGAUUUUAUAGGGUUUUUAUUUUCUUUGAUAAAUGUACUUUUUAAAAGCAUCUGUUGUUUUUGGGUUCAUCAGUUUGGGAACACUGUUAAAAGGUUUGUAGCUCUGUAAAUAGAAGUGGAAUCUAUUUUGUCCACUGUAAAUCAGCCACUGAAAGCAGUUUGGAUAUGGCAGCUGUUUUGUUUUGUACAGGAGGUUCAGAUUUCUGUCGGGUGGUUUGGAUGAACUGGUUUGCCUCUUAUGUUUCCUCUUUUAGCUAGUGCUGAACCAAAGCCACAAAAUUAAGUCACAUAAUCACAUUUCUUGUACAUUCUGUGACAUAAGAGGAAAUCAAAUAAACAUUUUUAAAAAAUACCAUGCAGAUUAAGUCCCAUCCACCCCACAGAAAUGGUUUGAUAUCCCUGUGUUUGUGUUCACAAUUGUUCUUUAAUCUCUAAUUGAAUUGAUAUUAUAUCCCUGAUCCUCUUUUGUUGGACUUUUGUUUGAAAAAUGGGCAAGAAGACAGCCACAGACGUCUUUAUACAAUUGGAUCUUAUGGGUAUUUAUUUGUGCAUUUGUAAGGAAGCUAACACAUUUCUAAAUAUGUUUGAGCCUAGUAUUAUUAGACACCAUUUGUACAUUAUAUAGCAGAGGUGUUCAGUGUCAUAUCUGAUGUCUGGUAUGUAUGCUUUACCAUUAUGUGUGCCAAUAAACCGUGCUUACAAAGGAGAUUAAUUUUAA